AUUGUAUUGUGUAUCGAUUUAAGCUUUAUUUUUCUGUCAUAUUUGUUUAUGCUAGUUUAUAAAAGGUUUUUAUCUAGAGCUUAAUUGAUUGAUGCAUGUGAAAACAUUCCAGUUGUUUAGUAGAACUAAGCACCUAUAACUAACUAUUUUAUUGCACCCACAUCACUUUAUCUAACCUUCUGCAUAUUGUUUAUGGCAGCUAGAUGGAAUAAGUAGUUAAACCAAAGUGAUGUGAGUGAGUGAAGAUGACUGACAGACUGAAAGUUUACUAAAUAAUGGAAUUGAGGAAGACAAAUCCAUUAAAAUAUAAGAAGGUUCAGGUGUAUUUUACUUUAGUAAUAUAGCAAUUUCAUAAUGCAUCACACGUAAAAUUAUAUGAAUUAUUCCUAUAUUCAGGAUAUUUCUCUUUAACUAAAGAUCCCAAAUAAGGGACUAAUCAAAGUGAAGUACAGAAGUAAUUGUUACGUGUAAUAAAAUCAACAUGUGGAGUGUUUAAUUUCAUUAUUAUCUUAUUAUUAUGUUGCAAACAGUUUUGAAAUAUUUUGUAAAUAAUAUUUUUGUAAACAUAGCAAACGUCUCGCAGCUUACAUAGAUAGAGAACAAUUUUAAAUUUUUAUACGUUGUAAUUUAUUUUAUUUAUUAAAACUGUCUAUUAAAAUUUUAUACCUCGCCUGUUUUGCCUGUAGUAAGUCAUUCAUAUUUACUACUAUCGUGUUGUUUGUGUAAUUAGUGUGUAUAUUAUUAUUAUGAAUAAAGCUUUGGUAUUUAACGAAGCUUUUUGUUUUCAUCAUAUUUCCAAAGAACAAAGUGAUUAAACUGUUCCAGUGAGUUUUUAUCUUGUACUUAGUUAUCAAAACCGAUUAGAUAAUUAAACGAUCUGAUACUGAUAUGCGCACUAAAGCGAGGUAUCAAUGUGGCAUUUAUGCAGGUUACGAUAUAUUUUCGUGUUUUAUAAUUAGUUCAAUAUGAGUCAAGAAAACAGUGCCAAUCCUGUCGAGAGUAGUGCAGAAUUGUAUGUGGAAUCAGAUACAGUGCAAUUUUACCGUGAACCACCUCCGCCCUACACUUUGCCAGCUAAUGAAACCCAGCCCCCAGUGUCUACCCAACCCAAUGCCCAGGAAAUCAAAGAAAUUGUUCUGCCAAAACUAACUCUGAAAGCUGGGCCCACUUUCUGCCAGUGCUUCCAAUGUGGACAUAAAGGUCUCUCUAAAGUGGAAUAUGUAAAUACAAACAAAACACAUUUACUGGCUGGUUGCAUUUGUGGCACUACAUGUUGGUGCUGCAUAUGUUGCCUGGGAGCAAUACCAUACUGCAUGAAGUCAUGCAAGAAAUCAACACACUAUUGCACUAAUUGUGAAAUAUAUCUUGGAUCAUAUUCAAACUACUGAGCUUUGUCUCAAAAUUGUAUUUCCACAUUAUAUGUUUGAUUAAGUUAAUAUAUUUUUUUUAUUGGCACUUGUAACAAUUUGUGUUUUA